AUGCAGAACAAGAGCAUCAGUUAAUAUUCACAUCAGAAUGAAGAGAAAGUCUGAUCUCAGGGACUUUAAGCGUGGCAUGGUUAUUGGUAUUUCAGAAGAUUUUCACAACAUAAAAACCCUGAGGGAGACACAGAUCUGUGGAGAUGCCAUGCUGAAGAGAGAGAUCAGAGGAUAUGAUCAGGAAGGAUACAGUAACUCAGGUAAUCAGUCUUUACAUCCGUGGUGAGCAGAAAAGCAUCUCAGUAAGCACAAGACAUCAAACCUUAAAGAAAACCAUCAGAAGAUCACAUCAUGUCCCUCUCAUGAGCACAGACUCACCCACACUGAUCUACUUCCAAUGUUCAGCUGGACACUUUGGGUGAGUUUCUGCUCAUGUGUGUAUGUGUGUGUGUGUGUACCGUGAGUAGUGUACGUGAGGUGUGUACCGUGGUGAGUGGGACACGAACAGCUUGAGGAAGGUGAGGUUUCCGCUCGCAGCAGCGUAGUGGACAGGAAGAGCCCCACUGUCUCAGAUUCUUGUUCUUGGCUGUCAGGAUGGGAACCCGAUGUGAUCUUCUGCUGUUGUAGUGGUAGCUCAAGUGGUUAAGGCUCUGGAUUGUUGAUCAGAAUAUCGGAGUUCAAGCCCCAACACUGUGGAGCUGCCACUGUUGGGCCCCUGAGCAAUGCCCUCAACCCCCCUCCUUCUCCAGGGGUGCAGGAUUAAAGCUGACCCUGUGCUCUGGGAUAUGAGAACAAAGAAUUUCACUAUAAUUCAAUAGAGUCCCUUUUCUUCUAAAGGUCCAACAUUUUGUGCUUCCUAAGAUGAUUUUCUGCUCUCCACAGAUGUAAAGAGUGAUUAUUUGAGUUCCUGUAUCCUUCCUGUUCAGCCCAGAGCAGUCUGAUCAUAUAAUCCUCUGAUCUCUCUCAUCACCAAGGCAUCUCCACCCACAGAUCUGUCUCACUCUGUGUAAAGUCUAGAGACUGCUGUGUGUAAAAAUCUUCUAAAUAAACCAAUUACCAUGCCACAGAAAUCACAGAGAUCAGACUUUCUCUUCAUUCUGAUGUUUAAUGUGAAGCUUUGUGUCUGUUUCUGCAUGAUUUAAUGCACUGUGCUGCUGCCACAUGACUGGCUGUGUGGAGUGUGAAGACAUAAAGGAGUGUUGGGUGUUCCUAAUAAAGUGGACAGUGAGUGUAGAUCUAUGCUCUGGAAGAACAACAAUUAGAAAAAAAUGAACAAAAUAUGAAAGGGUAAAACUUAAAUGGGACGUGUGAACAAGAAGAUUUCAUGUAAUUCUAUUUUAAUUCUUAUUAUAAAGUUAAUCACAGAUAAAAUGUGGGUUUGUGUUUAAAUACUAAUUAAUAAUAAAUUAAAAUAAACUAAAUAAUAAUUUUCUCUCAAAGACUCACAUGAUAAAGUUAUAGAAUGAAUCCGAACCUUUGACAGAUAUAUUAACAGAUGAUUGGUGUUAGAGUGCACAAUAUGACAGGAAGCUCCUGAGGAAUCCGGUUCCAGCCGGAAUUUCUGUCCAUCAGGAUUUUCUCCAUCAUGGGCUGCCUGAGGUCAUCACCGUGCUUCUCCUCUUUCUGUCCAGCCCACAAGCUGUUCCUCCCUCCAGCCCUUCAGAGGCUCAGGUAUCAUUAAUUGUGAAAGAGAGAGAUGGAUGGAGGGAUGAAGGAGGGAGGGGGAGGGUAGUGGUGUGUGUGGUGUAAUAGUGAGUACACAGAGCUGGACGUUCACUGUCCUGCAUGAGCUCCAGGAUCGACUUGAGAUGCUGCAUAAAGCGAUCCAGGCGGCACGUGAGGGAGAUCUGGAGGCUCUCAGGGCCCUGCAGGUGUCCGGGGGCCUCACGCCGGGCGUCGCGGAUGAGCAGGGGGCCACGCCGGUUCAUCACGCUGCACGCGGCGGCCGGAUGGAGUGUCUGCGCUUCCUGGUGAACGAGGCUAACUUCAAAGGAAACGCAUGCGCCAGGAACGGAGCCACGGCCGCACACGACGCCGCCGCCACAGGACACGUGCAGGAGCUGCAGUGGCUGCUGGGAUAUGGCGACUGCGGGCUGGAGGAUCAGGAUGGUGAAGGAGCCACAGCUGUGCAUUUAGCAGCUCGUUUCGGUCGAGCUGAAGCUCUGCAGUGGCUCCUGACUGCAGGGGGCAGCACUGAGCUCCAGACCCACUGUGGGGCUCUUCCUGUCCACUACGCUGCUGCGAGCGGAAACCUCACCUGCCUCAAGCUGCUUGUGUCCCACUCACCACGGUGUGUGGACCAUCAGAUGCACACCGGAGCCACGCCCCUUUACCUAGCCUGUCAGGAGGGGCAUCUACAUGUGGUGGAGUUUCUGGUGAAAGACUGUGGCGUAAACGUCCAUCUGCAGGCGCGAGAUGGGAUGAGCGUCCUGCACGCCGCCGCACACAUGGGCCACCAUGCGCUGGUCGUCUGGCUGGCGUCGUUCACAGAUGUGGACUUGUCGUGUCAGGAUGUAAACGGAGCCACGGCUCUGCACUUCGCUGCCAGUGAAGGACACCAUCGCAUCCUGGAGCGUCUGCUGCUCAUGGACGCCAAGAUCCUGAGAGACCACUGGGGCGGGACACCGCUGCACGAUGCUGCAGAGAAUGGAGAACUGAAGUGUUGUAGGAUCCUGAUGGAGCAUCACGUCAGUCCACUGGAGAAGGAUGUGGAUGGAUUCAGUGCAGUGGAGCUGGCAGAAUAUAACGGUCACCGAGACUGUGCUGCUCUCCUCCAAUCAGCUCAGUUUUAUGAAUCAGAAGAGUGUCUUCUUUCCCCGGAGAUCAUUCUGAUAGAAGAGGAAAGGACUCCAUUUGGGACAGAAGGUCAGCAUCUAAACGUUACUGAGCAGUCCAGAGAGCAAAGUCGCAACACUGCUAUGGAGAACAGCAAGCCGAUGAAGGAGGUUCCUCCUCAGCCUCGUCCUGCUUCAAGCCCCGAUUCUUCAUCCUCACAACUCACAAGCAAUGGAAUCAGCUCCAUUCACCAUGUCCAAGUUGCUUCAGCAGUCGUGGCCACUAUGAGACAGUGCUCAGAGGAAAGCAAGACACCGGUGCAUCGGACAAAGUCCAUAAGAUCCUGGAGACAUGCGGGAAUAACAGCAGUCUUUACUGGACAUUUGAAAGGUGAAAAUGGAAUGGUUGCUCUCCCAGCAGACGAGGUGAAUCUCUCUGAUAUAGACUCAUUGGUUCCAACACACGAUGAACACGGGAGGCCUAUUGCAGAGUGGAAGAGGCAAGUGAUGGUGCGUAAACUUCAAGCAAGACUUCAAGAUGACGAAGACCAAUGGAGAAAGGAUGACAAAGCUAUAGAUGGCUGGAGAUACUCCAAGGUUCACAAUGCUAUUCUGGGCCCUUUUGGUGAGUUGCUAACAGAAGAUGACUUGGUGUACUUGGAGGGACAGAUUGAAACCGUUUCCCUGCAGAAAAAGUGUCAGGCCUAUGAGCUGGAAUUAACACGUCUGGCCGAGCAACUCCAAACCCUCCUACCUGCUCCCAUUGUUAACAUCACCAUCAAUACUCAGUUUCAGCAGAAGCCUGAGGUGAAGGACACUCUUGCACUCCCCAUCUGGUGCAACCGUAUAUCCGGGAUCGUGAAGAGCAUGUCCCUGCUUCUGAACAACCUGUCAGACAAAAGUGACAAAAGUGUAGACUAUGGUAUCUCCAAAAUGCCCAACAAAGAACUGGCCUCAGUGUUCUCAACCCAGCCGGAAAGGUAUAAGGCCAAGCGAGAGAAGGUGGAAAUGGAGAUCCAGUUGUCAGGAGUUUCUGUAAGGAAUUUAAGAUCCACCUUUGAAGGUCAGAUUGGAAAUAUCUAUCCAUUUUCAGGGAUGUUAAACAACAUGUCUAAUUCCAAUCCCAAACAGCAGAAUGUAUCCAAUCCCUCACAAACAGAUGUCCUAAAUCAAGACCUCAAUCUUGUUAAUGACUGCAACCUAAAUUGCAAACAUACCUCCGGCGAGGAACCAGCUAAGGUUGUGGAGACCACCAGCUUGCGCAAAGAGAGAAUUGUUGUCUUGUUCUUGGGCCACUGGAAAAAGUCUGCCUAUGCAAUCUCAAUGAGAGCUAAAAUGAAACAAGAACUAGACACACAGAGGUCGUCUGAGAAUAACAUCAAAGGUCACAGUGUGCCGACUCCAGUCCCUCAGUCGACUGGUGGCUCCCUGUAUCAUCUCUACAGACAAAGGACAGCUAUAGACAAAAUGAUUCGCAACUGGAGGGCCAUCAACUCAGGGGUUCCAUCACGCCAGAUCCGGAGCCUCCAGAGAAAGACGAUCACUUAUUCCCCUGAGCACUUCCUCCCUCGAAUAGAUGGUGCACCCAUGCCUUAUGAAAGUUUGACCCUUGACUUGUUCAUGCUGGGGUACUUCCACAUCCUGGAGCAGGAUCUGCUUGCUGAUGAGCGCAAAAUGAGACACUUACUCUGCUUUGAAGUUUUUGACCAUGUUGGGGACUUCCCAUGGGAGACGGUUAGAGAGUUCCAUCGUGCUGUCCUGAGAGACAUUCAGGAUGGGAAGCGACAAUGGAAAGAUGGCUUUGAAGACAUCAAAGCCCGCUUCUUUGGGACAAAAGCAAAGGUCCCAGCCAACAGGUAUCUGAAAGACUCUGAAGUUAGGACAGUUCCUAGGGUCACGGUUGAGGAUGUGCUAGAUGAAAGAAGCCACAGGGCAGAUGGGAGCACAGACUUGUCAUGUUUUUCUAAUGAUGAAAUCUGUAAAUACAUUGACCGCAGCUUUGUUUUCUGGAAAGAGAAAGAAGCUGAGUUGUUUGACUUUGAACAUUAGGGUUUGGUUUAGAUGGUUAGAUGGUUCUGUUCCUAGAUCCUGGUAUACUUUGAACUGCAGAUGAGCUGUUGCUGUUUGUAUUUAGAUUUGUAUUAUGAUUGGAAUAUUAACUUCUUACUAUAAGAGCAUGGGGCAGAGAACAAGAUAGAUACUUCCUUGGUUGGUUGACGCUACAGUUUUUAAAACAUGAACCAAAAUCCAGCUCCAUCAAUUCUUCCAAUGUUCAAAAAAUAUUCAAUAAUGAAUACCUCCAGAGACACUACACAUAACUGACACAUUUCCAGAAGAAAUGGCAGGGAUCUGGGUAGGUUUUAAGUCUUUAGUAUCAGUGAAUCAUGCAAAAAGGAAACGAGCUAAUGUUGUAAGAUCAGCUUUGAUUUCAGGUAGUUUUUAAGGAGUAAGGAGAGAAGAGGUUUUAAUAAAUAUUCAUUAACUUUGUAAUCACACUGUGUCCUGUUUGUGUAGGAGCAGUGACAAACAAUACCGUGCAGAGAGUAAGUGACACGGCUUCUGAGUGAUGUUUCAUUGAAUAAGAAUGUCUCAUUUGAAGUACAUUUGGUGUCAAAUUAUACGUCCACACAUCCUGUCACUGCAUCCUAACAAGCAGGAACUAAGAUGUGAGAACAAAGCAAUCACACAAAUUUGAUACACAAAGAAAUAAAAUGUAAUAUUUUAUUUAAAAUUAAAUAAAAUAAUUUAUUUAACAAGUAGAGAUCUUGUUAGAAAAGGCUGUGAAAUAAACAUAACCAGAUCCAUCAU